CGAAGGGCAGUCAAAUUUUGCGCGCGCAUCUCCCGGCGUCGUCAUGGCGGCCUUUCGUGACAUCGAGGAGGUCAGUCAGGGCCUGCUGAGCUUGCUGGGCGCCAACAGGGCGGCGGCGUUACAGCGGCGGCUGCUGGGCCGCCACGAGCAGCUGCUGGACCGGCUGCUGGAGAAGCAGGAGGCCGGGGAGCAGCAGGUUCGAGAGAUCCUGGCCGCGGAGCAGAAGGUGGCGCAGAGCUUGCUGGACGCCAAGGAGCGCACGCACCAGGGUGGCACCGAGCUGCAGCAGCUGGAGGCCGAGCUGCACAGGGCGGCCGCCGAGGAUGGGCAGCUGCAGGCCGACCUGCUCCAGCUCAGCCAGCAGCUGCAGGAGCUCCGGGAGCUGGAGGCUGAGCUCCACAGGCAGGAGCAGGAGGUGGACGAGGACACCACCGUGGCCAUCCCGUCUGCCGUGUAUGUGGCCCAGCUCUACCGCCAAAGUAGCAAGAUUGAGUGGGAUUAUGAAUGUGAGCCGGGAGUGGUCAAAGGCAUCCAUUAUGGCCCCAGCGUGGCGCAGCCCAUCCACUUGGAUAGCACGCAGCUCUCCAAGAAAUUCAUCAGUGAUUACCUAUGGGGCUUAGUGGACACCUCGUGGUAGCCGUGGCCUG